UGAAAAAUUAAGCGGCGGCUGUAUCUCGUGUAGACACUGUAUAUGAUCGAGCGUCCGCUUGAUGGCUCUGCUUACCGUGACUGUGAGCGCCAACACUGAGUCCUCUUGUCAAACUACAGAUGCCGCCCAUUUUCCCUUGACAGCUCCCACCAUUGCCAGUUGUGUUAAGCAUGCUGCUACUCGCGACACUAACUUCUUUCAACUUGGGAGUGACCGAAUUACCACCGGUGUGACUUCAACAUCCGACAACAGAAGAGUCUUCGUAUGUGAUACUGCGGCGGCACUCAAAGAAGACAAAGUGCAUUGUUUUUUGUGACUUUUGAAACGUGGAACUAAAACUUAUUGCAAGGUUAACUGUUAACAGCGCUUUUGCUGAAGAGAACUGAAGAUUUUGAUCGGAACGUUAUUUCUCUUAUGAUGGGAGCACAUGCAUUGGUAUUGUUUUGUAUGAUGUUCGCCACCUUAACGUGCUUAAAUCUGGGAAGUCCCCCGAACUGCGAUGAAGUACGCAAAGUUUUUCAGCAGAGACAGAUCGGACCGGUGAAAUCCUUACCUGACAAACCGCGGACAGGUAACGACCUCCAGGUGUGCUCGUCCAGGAAUCUGACCUGCUGCACCAAGAAGAUGGAGGAGCGCUACCAAGUAGCUGCUCGCCGUGACAUCCAGAACCUUCUCCAGAUCUCCAGCUCCCCGCUCAAGUUCCUCAUCUCACGGAACGUGGCAGUGUUCCAAGGUGAGUGACACA